CUCAACCUCUCACUCAUAACACACACACACACACACACACAUCAACACCAUCGUGAGUUUUCUUCACGAUUUAUCGCGAUUCAAUCGUUCAAAAUCACCUGUUUUCCAUCCAACAAGUUUAAUCAGACAUACACAACAACAAUAUUCUUCCACCGCUGCAAAUCACUCACCUUUUGCAGCGAAUUUGAUUGAAAUUGUGUGAAAUUUGUGUGAAUUUGAAUCGAAUGACGGAAAUUGGAGAUCGUAGAUGGAGGAUUACGCGAUUUGCGACGGUGAUUGUGACGAACUUCGUGUUAGCUUCCAUGAUUGUUUCGGCAGAAAGAAGUUCGAUGAUAGAAGAUGUCGCUGCAGUUGCAGGUGACAGUGAAGAUGGUGAUGGAUUGAGAAUUAGGUAUUUUGUGAAGCUGGCGAACUAUUUGUUUCAAACAGAUGGAUCUGGUUAUCAACAUGUUUGGCCUGAAAUGGAAUUCGGGUGGAAAAUUGUUCUUGGUAGCUUUAUUGGAUUUUGCGGAGCUGCAUUCGGGAGUGUAGGCGGAGUCGGAGGUGGUGGUAUAUUCGUGCCAAUGCUUACGCUAAUUAUCGGCUUUGAUCCUAAAUCCGCUACUGCUAUUUCUAAAUGUAUGAUCAUGGGGGCAGCAGCAUCAACUGUUUAUUACAAUCUUAAGUUAAGGCACCCGACGCUUAAUAUGCCGAUUAUCGACUAUGAUUUGGCGUUGCUUAUUCAACCGAUGUUGAUGCUAGGAAUAAGUAUUGGAGUUGCGUUUAAUGUUAUUUUUGCUGACUGGAUGGUCACUGUUCUUUUGAUUAUUCUUUUUAUUGGCACAUCAACUAAGGCCUUUUGCAGAGGCGUUGAAACAUGGAACAAAGAAACAAUUAUGAAAAAGGAGGCUGCUAAGCGCUUGGAGAACAAUGACAACGCUGAGGCAGAAUACAAAAUUCUUCCUGGUGGUCCCAGCAAUGGAAGUGCAACCAAACCCGAAAGAUCACUAAAAACCGAGGUCACCGUUCUUGAGAAUGUAUGUUGGAAAGAACUCGGGCUUUUAGUUUUCGUUUGGAUUGCAUUCCUUGCUCUGCAGCUUGGAAAGAAUUAUACGUCUACUUGCUCAGUAUGGUAUUGGGUGCUAAACUUAUCACAGAUUCCAAUUGCCUUUGGGGUAUCUGGGUAUGAGGCGGUUAGCUUAUAUAAGGGAACACGAACUAUAUCGUCAAUGGGAGAUUUAGCCAGCAACCAACUUAGCAUAGGACAGUUGGUUUUAUAUUGUUCGUGUGGUGUUCUAGCUGGCGUAGUUGGCGGUUUACUCGGUUUAGGUGGCGGUUUUAUCAUGGGCCCACUCUUUUUGGAGCUUGGAGUACCCCCUCAGGUUUCAAGUGCAACAGCCACAUUUGCAAUGACGUUUUCGUCCUCUAUGUCUGUUGUAGAAUACUACCUUUUAAAGCGUUUCCCGGUUCCUUAUGCUGCUUAUUUUCUACUAGUGGCAACAAUUGCUGCUUUUGUCGGUCAACAUGUCGUGAGAAAACUGAUUAUGAUCCUCGGACGGGCUUCGUUGAUUAUAUUCAUCCUCGCCUUCACUAUUUUUGUCAGUGCAAUAUCAUUAGGUGGAGUUGGAAUUUCAAACAUGAUUGGGAAAAUCGGGCGACAAGAAUACAUGGGAUUCGAGAAUCUUUGCAAGUACGAGAUUUAGAAUUAGAUAAAAAACAUUGAUCCAAACUAGAAUUUGUCGAAAUUCUACGCUUUGGUGACUUGUAUCGCGUGAUGUUAGAUAUGUACCGAAUCAAGUUGGUAGUCGAUGCUAACAUCACGGACGGUUGUGGCACUUUGUUAGAAACUUUAUUGAUUGUAGUUCUUUCUAAUGCAGUGUUUAAUUGUUAUGUUUAUGGUUUAA